UAUGGGAACACCAUCAUAAAGCUCCACACUCUCACCGGUACUUUCUUCUGUUAACUUAGUUAGCCACUGCUGGAACUCUACGCUUCUUCUAUGGCAGAGAACAAGCCGUAUCGCUAUGGGCUCAUUGUUCUUGGGAUGGCGUUUGUGGCAUUGGGUAUGUUCAUGAUCUCCGUAGAGGAACCACAGGUGUUCGCCACGUUCUGUGCUAUGGGAGUGAUAAUGGUGGGCAUGGGGACGGUCUGGUCGGUGUGUCAGUGUUACCCCAGGGUGACUGUUAUACUGGCAGAGAAGGAAGAGCUCUGUGGGGCUGAAAAACUGGACUUGAGUGCUGAAAGCUCGGAUGAAAAAAGUCCACAGAAGCCAAUAAGAGCUCCCUUGGCUGGCUUCUGUGAUGAUGAAAAAGUAGAAAUAUCGGCAGAUGCAAAACUCCACACUGAGAACAAACACAGUGAGCGUGUCAUCGUCCUCCACACAUGUCGAAGUUCUCCCAGUGUGCUGGCAUGUUCUAGCACUCCAUUGACGGACAGAAGAACCACAGGAACAGACCCCAACCGAGAGAUGUACUAUGGGAAAAUGGAAGACUCAUGUUACUUUACAUCUGAGCUGGAGAGUGAAUAGUGCCUUUUGAUUAAUGUCAAAAUCAUCAUCUACAUCUGAUAUACUGUAAAUAUUUGCCAGACAACUAUGUUGUCAUACUUUAAAAAAAAUAUUCUAAAUAACUUAUAUCAAUAUGUUUAAAGAGGACAUUAUGCCCCU